GACACACGUAAAGUUAGUCAAGAUGGCAAAUCCCACAGACCCGGAGUGAAGGGGCACCGCUCCCCGAAAAAAAGCUGAGCCCGUGCCGCCCGUCCUGAGUCAAACCCAACGAUGCAAACUGCGCCGGGAGGCUUAAGAGGGAUUCCCUGAAGAAAAAUGCCAGUGAGGCUGAAGCUGAUGUGACACAGCGUGUGCUGGAAGAAAGCUGACUCAUCAAAUAUCAAUCCCUCUGGGAGCGACUAAGCAGCAGAGAGCAGCUCAUAUCACCUAAUGCCUAGCUAGAAGAGAGAGCCUCAUACAAAACCCUCCAGACACACCAAGGGAGAUUAUCAUACAGGAGAAGACGGUGCAGAGACCCCCUCCAGCAGGAAUAUAUCCAGCACUAGCUGCAGGCGAAACAGAUUUUGGCACUGCAACGACUGCUGCCACAGCUGCCAACAAAGCUAAGAAUGGCAUCACAGUGCUUCAGCUGAACUUUACCAACUGACUGACCCCCUCCCCAGCGUAUAGACACAUCAACAAUCAGCUGAUAAGACCGCCGUCAACAGUUUUUACCCCAAAACAUCAGUGUAAAAUUUUGGGGGGAGAUCGCUCCUCUCAGCCCAGCCCAACACAGUCAGGCCGCCUUCACCCAGCCCCACAGACCAUGAUGUUUCGCGAUCAGGUGGGCGUGCUUGCCAGCUGGUUCAAGGGGUGGAAUGAGUGCGAGCAGACGGUGGCUCUGUUGUCCCUGCUGAAGAGGGUGAGCCGGACCCAGGCCCGCUUCCUGCAGCUCUGUCUGGAGCACUCCCUCGCCGAAUGCACCGAACUGCAGGUCCUGGAGGGAGAGGCCAACAACCCAGGGGUGAUCAGCCAGUGGCAAAGUGAAUCUAAGGAGCGGGUCAUCUCGCUCGUCCUCACUCAUCUCCCGCUGCUCAAACCGGGUAACGUUGAAGCCAAGGGCGAGUACAUGCGCCUGCUGCCACGCAUCCUGGCCCACACAAUCGAGCAUGGCCGUCACCUGGAGGAGUCUCGACAGCUCCUGUCCUACGCCCUCAUCCACCCAGCCACCUCCCUGGAAGACCGCUCCGCCCUGGCACUCUGGCUCAACCACCUGGAGGAGAGGGCUGCUGCCCGGGGAGACUCACUGGAAAGGCCUCCUCCUUCUGGGCCGCACCACCACCACCACCAGUCCACACCUCCAUCCACCCUCUCCUCAUCUGGAUCCUCCUCCUCCACAAGCACUUCUUCAUCAGGCAAUCUCUACUCCUUGCAUCACCACCAGCGCUACGGCUCUGACGACCGCCUCAACGGGUGGCAGAGCUCCAGGGAUUCAGGGUUGGGUGGAGGCUGGCAUCAGCAGCAGCAGGGCUGUGAGAACGGGCACCUCCUUCUCUACCCUUCAUCCUCUGUGCCAGCAACCAUCAACACGGUUGGAACUGGUGGAGGCGGAAACACUAUCCUGACGAGUGGAGGUGGCAGCCAACAGCACAGUCCCCUGAAGCGCUCCGUGUCCCUCACGCCUCCUAUGAGUGGCCCCAGCAACCAGCCUCUAGGCCAUGUCUGGCUCUCACAGGAGGACCUACGGACCACGAGGGGCCCAGCCCCAGAUCACGCACCUCUCUCACCCCAGAGCAGCAUCGCUUCCUCUGGCAGUGGAGGCAGUGAGCACCUAGAAGAGGCUGGUUUAGGAGGAGGUUCAGGUCUGCAUCGCAGCUCCUUCCAUGAUGAGGGCAGCGGCAUGAGGGAUGUUCCUGCAUGGCUGAAGAGUCUCCGUCUCCACAAGUACGCCGCUCUCUUCUCCACAAUGACCUACGAUGAGAUGAUGUCACUGACUGAGGAGCAGCUAGAAGCACAGAAGGUCACUAAAGGAGCAAGGCACAAGAUUGUUAUCAGCAUCAUGAAACUCAAAGACAGGCAGAACUUACUGCGCAGCUUGGAAAAGGACGUGUUGGAGGAUGUGAACCUGCGCGCCCCGCUUUCAGAGCUCCACCAGAUGAUCAUGACGCCUAUUAAGGCUUUCAUCGGCGGAGAGGAGGCCUCCCCGCAUCGCCCCUUGCUGAGCCCCGAGGGUAAGAGCGCAGCGCCCGGCUCCCACCUGAGUGGGGUGGGCGGAGGGGAGGCUGAGUCGGGCACAAGCUCCAUCGCAGACGGGGAUCUACCAGGCCAGUUCACUCGUGUCAUGGGCAAAGUUUGCACCCAGCUACUGGUGUCGAGGUCAGACGAGGACAACAUCAGCUCUUACCUACAACUCAUCGACAAGUGCCUUAUCCAUGAGUCCUUCACUGAGACACAGAAGAAGAGGCUGUUGUCAUGGAAACAACAGGUCCAGAGGCUGUUCCGGUCCAUUCCAAGGAAAACCCUCCUCGACAUCGCAGGGUACCGACCGCAGAGGAGCCGUUUUGGCCAGUCCAACUCUCUCCCAACCGCUAGCUGUGUUGGGGGCAGCGUGUCGGCCAGGAGGAGCCUCCGCCAGUUCCAGAUGCCCUCCAGGAGCUUGCCGGGUGCCAGGCUGGGCCUGCUGGGCAGCGGAGGGCUGCUGGGACCCACGCCUCGCAGCUCCAGCAGCACGCCCACCGGCCCCAAGCAAGGGAGACAGGGUCUCUGGUUUGCGAACCCCGGAGGAAGCAACAGCAUGCCCAGCCGGACUCACAGCUCCGUGCAGAGGACCCGCUCCCUGCCGGUUCACACCACGCCACAGAACAUGGUCAUGUUCCAACAAGCAGAUCUUCAGUUACCAGUGACGGAGCCAGACAUCAACAAUCGCCUUGAGUCUCUCUGUCUGAGUAUGACCGAGCACGCCCUGGGAGACGGUGCAGACCGCACAUCAACAAUAUGAGACGAGGACCUGAGUGAGAGCAGUCAGGACAGCGCAGGUUCACGAGGCCCUCUCACGAUACGUCACCUCGAGGUCACCAGCCCUCCUGUCCCCUGUCCCUGUAGCCAAUGGUAGAGCUCAACCAAAGGAUCGGGCGGGAUCCAAGAAACACACGAGAGCCGAUCAUCACAACGGCCAACACAAGCUAUCACAUUGGCGCCGUCCAUCGGGUCGGAAAAAAAACACCACACUUCCUGCUCCGCCAGCAUGCUCACGGUCACCUGCGUCUGGGCGAGGAGAGAGAACAGCAUUGAACUCGCCUGGACAGUGUGUGAACAGCACCCCCUCUCCACAGGGAGGCCAGGAGCAGCACUGCAGCCCAGCAGAAGGGAGGCGCUGGCCUGUGGAUCAGGGCCCAGUGAGACUGAGGCCCUUUCCCUCUCCGAUACCCUCCGGUCCCCGCACAUCGACCACAGCUCGUGGAAUUGUUCAAAACCCAUCACAGUACCUCAGACCCAGAACACAAGACGAGACAAGCGGAGCGUGAAAGACGCAGGAGGAAGCUCCUCGACUCUUUCUCGUAGAGCUCGGAAGGCCCUCUUGCUCAGUAUUGGGUGGCAAAAAAAAAAAAAAUCAUUUAUUUGUAUUGUAUGUAUUUAUUGUUUACAUAAUGAUGCUACUUUCAAAGGGUACAGAAACAUAUACGUAUGAAUUUCAGGUAUGAAUUGUGUAAUAUUCUGUAAAGCCUUGGCUGUCUACCAGCUUUACGUCCCACGAGUAGCCAUCACGCUAGUUUACAACCAACGUGCUUAUUCUUUACUUAGCAGCCGACAGCAGAGACAUGUCGGCUCAACAAGACAGAGAGAGUAAGGAAGAGAGAGUGAAGGAGGUAGAGAAGAUGUGAGAAGAGGGAUAAGAGGAAGAAGCGUAGAAAGACACAGGAAGUCGAAGAAGAAAGAGUGAAGCCGAGGUGAUAUUGGAAAGGGAAGCGGAUGUUUAAAAGGAGGAAGACAUCAGAGGCAGGACCUUUGAUCGGCCGAAGAUGACAAAAGGAAGAUCAUGUUGUGAGUCUGUGCAGGAGGAAGUGAGUCUGGCACCGGUCAGUUACAUAUUGUUUAUCACACACAGCAUGUACUGUAUGAAUUCAGAGCUUUUUAUAGGCACGAUACAUUGAAAAUGUAGGGUUUUUCUUUUUAUAAAAUGGGAGAUUAAUGUCGUCAGUGGGAUCUGUCUGCAUGUUCAGAUACUGUUUUUUGUUGUUGUUGUGUCUAGUCAAAGCAGGGUGAUAUGCUUAAGCUGCAUGUUUCAACUAAACAUCUUUCUCAGAGGAACAUUGUGAAAGAUGACAGGAGGUUGAUUUGGUUGCGACUUUGGAGAAAUCACACACUGUCAAUCCAUGAAGGGUCGUUUUUUUUCCCAGAGAUUCUCAUUAGUGCUUACCUCCACCUGCUGGCCAAACAGAGUCGUGGCAGGGCAGACGAUAGAGUCCAUGCACAGAGCGGGGAAGAGUAUUAUUAGGGGCAGAGCUGCAGGGACCCCUCAAAGAUUUACCCGUGUGUCACAUGUUCUCCUGUCUGCUCCGUCAGCGCAGGCCUUCAAUGAAUUUAUUUUCUCUUUUUUAAAAUCCUAAAUGUCAUGGUUAUUCUGUGUCUUAAUAUUUAUCCUCCGUUUAUUGUGUCUGGACUUUAUAAGAAUAGGUUUAUAUUAAGAUAAGCUUCCCCUGAGUGCUGCUUUCACCCGAGCGCUGAGAGUCCGGACCCCCUGAAUUUGUCGCCAUCGAGGGUUGUUGAUAUAUUAUUGUUUAGUUUCUUUCAUUAGUCUGUUGCAAUUCUUAUAGUACUUCCUUUAUAUCCUGCACUUGAUAUGAUAAUGUGACACUAAAAAUCCAAAUGUUGGGAGUCUGAUCAAGCAGAGCAGAUUGAAGAGAUGAGGUAGAAACAUAACAGGUGGCGAUGUUGAAUCCUGCAGCAGAAACGGAAAAUGAAAUGAUUUCUGUUUGUCUGACUGGAAGUCAGAGUGGAAAAUACUUCUCAUGUCAGUUUCACAAAGUUUAAGGACCACACCAGUGUUUGUGCAUGUUUCAGUCCUUCUACUACCAUUUUUAUUUUAUCUUUUAAUGUUUUUUUCCAACCUUGCAGCAAGUUUCAAUUUAUUUUAUUGUGGUAUUAAAUUAAGCUUAACCAAGUAGUUUGCAGCUUCAUUCAUCAUGUAGACAACAUUUAAAUGCUGUAUAGUUGGUUUUUUUGCAUGUCCAUUAAUUCUGUUCAAACAUGGUAUUCCCAAAAAUUAGGCUACACUAAUAUUAUUAAUAUUAAACUAUUUGUAGAA